AUGCACCUCACCACCCUCCUCGCCCUCCUCCCUCUCCUCACCCCCCUCGCCCUCGCAGCCCCACCCACCGCACCCCGAAUAUCACGCCUCGUCUUCUCCGGCUCGGGCUGCCCCUCGUCAUCCUCGUCCGUAACCUCCACCUCCGCCACCCUGGGCGACACAGCCGGCGUAACAUUCAGCCAACUACGGGGCUCAAACACCGACAACUGCGCCGUACACGUGCAAUCCACAGGCGCCUCUGCUGGCUGGCAGGUCGCCGUGCGGGGGGUUACGUAUGAAGGGGAUGUAGUACUGAAAGGGGCGAGUGGGUUAGAUACGUAUACGCAGGUGUUUUGGAGUGAUAGGGCUAGUGAUACGUGGUCGAAGUGUACGGGUGCGGAUGGGGAUCCGGGGAUUCUAAACAUCAACUUUAGACCCAUUGUGCAAGGGAAUUAUGGGAGUUAUGAUUUUAAGAGUGCGGUUUGGAAGUUGGAGUGGAGGACUUGUUAG